GUGUUCUGUGUCAGUGUUUUCAUUUUUGUUUUUUAUUUUCUAACCUCAAUUUUACUCCUUAGUCCUUUUACUUGGAUUUUGUUUGGAUUGUUGAAUACAACAAAUUGGAAUGAGAAGUUAGUUAUCGUGAUGUGAAUUAUUGCAAAAGAUCCAUUCAAUAUCGAGGUCAUAAUGACCGAAGAAAAACUAGUAACGGAAGUCCCCAGUAGCCUGAAACAACUAGCCAGAUUAGUGGUCAGAGGCUUCUAUUCCAUAGACGAUGCUUUGAUCAUAGACAUGCUGGUGCGGAAUCCUUGCAUGAAAGAAGACGACAUAUGCGAGCUCUUAAGAUUUGAAAGAAAAAUGCUAAGAGCCAGAAUAGCCAUUUUGAAGAAUGACAAGUUCUUACAAGUGCGACUGAAAAUGGAAACGGGCGCAGAUGGCAAAGCACAAAAGGUGAACUACUACUUCAUCAAUUACAAGACAUUCGUCAAUGUGAUAAAAUACAAGUUGGACUUGAUGAGAAAACGGCUAGAGACUGAAGAACGUGAUGCUACUAGCAGAGCCAGCUUCAAGUGCCCUGGGUGCUUGAAGACCUUCACUGAUUUGGAAGCUGAUCAGCUGUUUGACUUCACCACAAGUGAGUUCCAUUGUACUUACUGCAGAGAAGUUGUUGAAGAAGAUUCCUCAGCAUUACCAAAAAAAGACUCUAGACUAUUACUUGCUAAGUUCAAUGAACAACUAGAUCCUCUGUACAUUCUGUUGCGUGAAGUAGAAGGAAUCAAACUAGCACCAGAAGUGUUGGAACCUGAACCAGUAGAUAUCAGCACUAUCAGGGGGCUUGAUAAAAAAUCAAAUGCACCCCUGCCUGGUCAAGAAUGGUCAGGGGAAGCAACAAGAAAGUCUGGAUUUGCAGUGGAAGAAGCUAGGGUUGAUAUCACUAUUGGUGAAGAGAACACUUCCAGUGUUAAUAGGAAAGAACAACCAAUCUGGAUGACUGAGAGUACAGUUAUUACUAAUAUGGACACACAGGAUUCCAAUGCUGCUGCUGAUGGUUUACUAGAUGCAGCUGAGAGUGCUGGUGGUAGUACAACAGCUAAGAAUGAUGAUAUCAUGUCAGUACUUCUAGCACAUGAAAAGCGACCAGCAAACAACAGUGCUGCCAAUGCCAUUAAGGGCCUUAACACCAAUAAUGACUCUGAUUCCAGUUCAGAUGAAUUGAAUGAGGUUAGAGAUGAAAUAGGUGAUAUAGGCAGUAUUGAAAGUGAGGAUGAUGAAAAUGAUAACAUUCCAACAGUUCUUGUUGGCAACAAGACCUAUUCUAUCACUGAUAUAAAUGAUACUAUCAUUGCUACAAUGACACAAGCUGAGAAAGAGAUUUAUGUGCAGCUGUUUCAGGAUUAUUAUUCACACAUGAACUAUUAGCUAUUUUUCAUUAUUUAUUGCUGAUUAAUAAUAUACAUAAAUGGUUUUUUAUUUAAUGAUUUGGGUUUUUGGAUUUGAGACACCCAGUACAACAAGAUUUGAAAUCACGUUUUGAAGUUCUAAGUUGACAGUUUAAGAAAGCGUUUAACAGCAAAGAACAAGGCCAAAAAAAGAAGAAGAAUGACAUGACAUCUUGACACACUGACAUUAGUAUUGGCAGCGUUGCCAGACCUGAUACUUUAGUACUAGAUCUAGUAAUCUAGUACUUUUUCACUGUCUAGUACGCCGAUCGCAAAAUUCGUUCGUUUUCCACGUUUUAACUUGGAAUAUCGAAAUGUCCACAUUACCGAAAUGCACCAAAGAAAAGUUCUAUGUGCAAUAUCAGUGAAAUCUCAUUUAUUGCCUUCCAUUCAAACGAAGUUUUGAGUUUUGUGCUUAUGUCUCAUGUCUGUACUAUAGUGACUUUUUGUAAUAAUAUGCACUAUACAGUUCAUAACGUGUCAAUAUUGUAUAUUGUUAUUUGUCAAUUGUUUUCACGUUUGCUCAAAAUUAUGAU